GAACCGGACGGUCCUGCUCGGGAGGCGGCGCUCUGAUUGGCUGUUCGGCGGCGGGGCCCGUGGAAUGUUGGGGAGUUUGAACGUUCCAGGGAUACUUCUCGCACUCCGGAGGCGGAAGCAGAGGGAAGGCAGGAAGGGCUUCCUCGCGGGACGAAUGCGGGUUUAACUGCGCGUCCGUGUGAACGGGCUUGGAGCGAGCCUAUCCCGGGCGCCUCCCAGCCUUGUCUUCGCAUGAGCGGCAAAGGAUCGGGUCGCGAUUGGGAGGAGAAGCAGGAGAGUCACGAGGAGGACUGGAGUUUGGAAACGGAGAGCAAAGUGCUCCCGACUGUUCAGAGAGCUAGUUCCAAAUGGCUUUGAACCUGCAUCUCAGACCAACCUCUUCCCCUGCCUUUCAUCUUCAGCUGGCACCAAGGCAUGCAAUUAAUGCUUUCACAUGUGACGCUCCAAACAUUUCCAUUCUAAGGGGAGAAGUCCAGCGUCACUAAUCAGCCCCAUGGAUUCCGCGAUAAAAGGUGACCAUCCAAGAUGGUAGACCACCUGGCGAAUACUGAGAUUAACAGCCAGCGCAUUGCCGCUGUGGAAAGCUGCUUUGGCACCUCUGGGCAGCCCUUGGCUGUGCCGGGAAGAGUCCUCCUGGGUGAAGGGAUCUUGACCAAAGAAUGCCGCAAAAAGGCCAAGCCACGGAUUUUCUUUCUUUUCAACGACAUCCUCGUCUACGGGAGCAUUGUGAUCAGCAAGAGGAAGUACAGCUCCCAGCACAUCAUACCGCUGGACGAAGUCACCUUGGAAACGUUGCCAGACACCUUGCAGAUGAAGAACCGGUGGAUGAUCAAGACGGCCAAGAAGUCUUUUGUGGUGUCGGCCGCUUCCCUGACUGAGAGGAAAGAAUGGAUCAGCCACUUGGAGGAGUGUAUCCGCAUUUUAUUGUCCAAGACGGGCCAGCCACCCCCCACCGAACACGCCGCCCCAUGGAUCCCUGACAAGGCCACCGAUAUCUGCAUGCGAUGCACACAAACCAAGUUCUCAGCUCUUACUCGGCGGCACCACUGUCGGAAGUGCGGCUUCGUUGUAUGCGGAGAAUGCUCCAGGCAGCGGUUUCUCAUGCCCCGGCUCUCCCCAAAGCCAUUGAGGGUUUGCAAUCUGUGCUAUAAACAGCUAAUGGCGGAGAAAGAGGAAGCUGAAGAGCAGUCAAAACGAGUCCCAUCUCCUUUGUCUGGCUAUGAACCUUCCAGCGGGGACGAUAGUGACCGAUCCGAUGAGGAUCGACUGGAAUGGUCGCCGGAGGCCGAAUUUUACACAUCGGACGUGGCUUGGUCAUCGUUCCACAGUUGACCUCAAUUAAUUUUGGGGACCUUGUUCUUCUUUCCAAAGCACACACAUUUGCCUUAAUGUACUUUCAGAGGAGUAACUUUAUAAUUAUGCGGUUUAAUUCCAUAGCAGCUCCUGCCAACCUAGCAGUUCAAAAACAUGCCAAUGUGAGUAGAUCAAUAGGUACCGCUCCGGCGAGAAGGUAACGGCGCUCCAUGCAGUCAUGCCAGCCACAUGACCUUGGAGGUGUCUAUGGACAACGCCGGUUCUUUGGCUUAGAAAUGGAGAUGAGCACCAACCCCCAGAGUCGGUCACGACUGGACUUAACGUCAGGGGAAACCUUUACCUUUAAUUCCAUAGCACUAUGUAACAAAAUUUGAUUUUUUCUGGUUCCUGGUUUGAAAGUGCUACUCCUGUUUAAUUGUGUGGUACUUACUUUGAAAGUAGUUUUUAGACUCCGGAAACUUCAUUUUUGUAGUUUUGAUAAACCUUUUCCAUGUUUUUAUGAUAGAACCAAAUAGGAAAUGACAUUUAUAACUCAGAAACAAAAAUUGUAUUACAUAGCAUAAUAUUCCAUGACAAAGGGAGGGCUUAUCAGGUUAACAUGACCAAGGGUUGGAUUGUGGAAAUCAUAGCCCAAAACUUCGUGUCGCUUUUUUAAGGAAGUCAAAGGCAGAAUUGUAUUUUGGUCCAGAAUAUGCCAGAUAAUAAUGAACAUUUUCCAAUCCUGCUGAGACUUGCAAUUAUUUUUACUGCUGACACUGUCCCGGUUUGGAUUUCAAUGCAGUUAAAAACCUGUGGAAUAUACCAGGGAAGGCUGCAUUGUUUUAGUCUGGGAGUUUGACGUAGUUCUCCCAUUCUAGAAUAGGAAGUAUCGCCAUGCGAAUGCUCCAAGCCAUAUAUGAGGAAGGAAUCUAGUUUUCUGAAAAACAUAGGACACUGUUAUUUAUUAUCUAGCCUUGCCUUCUGGGCUUUGACUUGAGCAAUAACUCUCCACGGUUUCAAGCAAGAUGCUCUCUUAGCGUUAUCAAGGGUGCAUUUACACUGUAAAAUUAAUACAGUUUGGCACCACUUGAACUGCCAGAGCUCAAGGCUAUGAAGCUGUAGUUUGGUGAGGCAGAGAAGGUUAACGACCUUGUAAAACUACAGAUCCAGUUAUUCCAUAGCAUGGAGCCAUGGCAGUUAAAAGUGGUGUCAAACUGCAUUAAUUCUACAGUAUAGAUGCACCCCUAGUGGUUUCUCAACCCAUAUACUAAGUAGGCCUGACCCUGCUUAGCUUCUGAAAGCAAAUAGCAUCGAACAUGGCCAGGGCAUUAUGGUGACUUAUAGAACUAUAGAUCACAUUUGCUUUUACAUGCUUCAAUGCACUCCAAAUUUUAUUACCAUAUAUACUCGAGUAUAAGCCGACCUGAAUAUAAGCUGAGGCACCUAAUUUUUUAACAAAACUGGGAAAACCUAUUGACCCGAGUAGAAGAUGAGGGUAGGAAAUGCAGCAGCUACUGGCAAAUUUCAAAAAUAAAAAUAAAUAUAGAUACUAAUACAAUUACAUUAUUUGAGGCAUCAAUAAGUUAAAUGUUUUUGAAUGUUUACAUAAAAUUGUAAUUUAUGAUAAUAAUAAUAAGACUUUAAUAAGAUAAGACUGUCUAAGUCUGAUUACCUAUAUACUUGAGUAUAAGCCGACCCGAACAUAAGCCAGCGAGGAUCCUCACUCGAGUAUAAGCCGAGGGGAGCUUUUUCAGCCCUAAAAAGGGCUGAAAAACUAGGCUUGUACUCGAGUAUAUACAGUAUGUACACAAAUUAUUAAAGAUAUUGUAUAAAAUUACAUUCAAGCUAUGCAUAUAUGAAGGAGCCCCUGGUGGGGGCUGAGCUGCUGAACUUGCAGACCAAAAGGUCGCGGUUCGAAUCCGGGAAGUGGAGUGAGCACCCGCUGUUAGCCCCAGCUUCUGCCAACCUAGCAGUUCGAAAAUAAGCAAAUGUGAGUUGAUCAAUAGGUACUGCUCCGGUGGGAAGGUAACAGCUCUCCAUGCAGUCAUGCUUGUGGCCACAUCACCUUGGAGAUGUCUAUGGACAAUGCCAGCUCUUCGGCUUAGAAAUGGAGAUGAGCACCAACCCCCAGAGUCAGAUAUUUAAUGUCAGGGGAAAACCUUUACCUUUGCAACAUACGUUAAUUUUGUGUUUAGAGUACGAUCCAGUCUUCAAGUUAACUCAUUUGUAUACAUAUACAAAAAACACCCAAACAAUUCUGGUCCCAAGCAUUUUGGAUAAGGGAUACCCAACCUAUAUUUACGUGGCUGUAAAGUUAAUCUAGGGUUUUAAUAGUAUUCUGUUCCAAGAUUCAAAGCCAUUAUAUUAAGCUUUUAGCAAAAGAAUGAGCUCUUUAGGGCCAGCUUGAUGCAGAAGCAGAUAUUAAGAGAAUUCUAACCAUGGAUGCUUGUAAACAUAUUCUCAGCCAUUUAUAAAAUAAACUUCUGGCUCCUAACAGUGGUACUAUAUUAGGAACCUGAAUGUCUAAUAUUCCUUAGCUUUCAUAUUUUUGUUUUAUUUACGCUCUUCAGAAUAAUAAAAUAACACAGGCACCGA